AUGGCAUUAGCGUUUUUACUCCUUGUCGCCUUUGCAAUUGCGUGCAGUGCAAUGGAAAUAGAGAUUGGGAGCAGUCUCAAGCUGGGAAGCCAGUGGAAUUCAUCUGGAGGUACUUUUUCUCUUGGUUUUCGUCUAAUGGACGAGGCCUACAAUCUAGCAAUAUGGUACCAGAUCGAUCCUGAAGAAAUUGUUUGGAUGGCAACUACUGAUAACGGGCAGUUUGUCCAUGCCAGUGGAAGCGCACAGCUUCAGCUCAGGUCUGAUGGUGGACUCGUCAUCAUCGAUCGAGCUUCCAUUCUGUGGCGAACUAAUUCUGGACAGGCCAAAGGUGCUUCUCUUUUAGAGACUGGCAACUUGGUGGUCUAUGGAGAGAAUGAGCAAUUUGCAUGGAAAAGUUUUGAUGUUCCCACCACCACCAUCUUGCCUGAACAACAAUUUCACACAGAAACGGUUUCUGAUACUAAAAUUCUGUUCUCUCAGUCGAGAAACUAUGCACUCCAGCUCAACAGGGGUCAGGUUUUCCUGAGGAACAAUAACAAGAAGUUUGUCAUUCCUCAGAGAUACUGGUACAUAGCAAAUCCUGCUGUUAACAGUUCGCAAACGUGCCUUAUUGAUGAUACUGGGGAGCAAGUCAACAGUAACAUACAGUGCCAGACUGAUGGGUCUUUACGUUUUCCAGCAGUUCUCAACUUGAGCUCUGAUGGAGUUUUAUCGUAUUAUGACGCAACUGGCAUAGGAACUGAAAAUUCUCACAAAUAUGCACUGGAUUAUGGAAUCUCGAACGUUUUGAGGAGGCUUAAGCUAGAUGACGAUGGAAAUCUGAGAAUGUAUAGCUUCUCAAACGACACCAGGUCCUGGAGUAUUGUUUGGCAAGCACUUAUGCAGGAAUGUGAUGUCUUUGGAGCCUGUGGAGCUUUUGGCCUUUGCACCUAUCGACCAAAAAAGACUUGUAGCUGCCCUCCUGGAUUCCAUCGUGUUGAUCCCAUCGAUGAUUCUCAGGGUUGUGAUUAUAAUGUUCCUAUGGACUGUGAGCAUCCUACAAAGCUUGUCUUGGCCACCCGAGCCGACUACUACUACAGUGACUAUAGAUUUGACGCUGCCGUCACAACUUUGGAGCAAUGCAAGGCCAAUUGUCUAAAAGAUUGUCAGUGCCUAGCAGCUGCAUACAAGGCUCAAGACGGUGAUAGUCUAUGCUUCCUCAAGGGGGGACAGGAUAGACUCUACAAUGGGAUGCAGUCGUUUGACAAGCCCAACCUUGUGUACAUGAAAGUAUCCAUCAACGACAAACUAGCUGCUGAUGACCAUUAUGAUUACUUCAUGUCGAACACAAAUGCAACACUGAGCAACAUUUUCACUGCUCAUCACAAAGAAAGUUACCUUUCUAUGCACCUUCACUCAGUUGUCAUAGCCAUCGCCACUGCAGAAUUAGUUGCUUUUGCUGCUAUUGGAGUUGCCAUGUUCUCGAUGUGGAAGCGCAGAUCUCGAAAGGAAUGGGAGGCUUUAACAGCAGAGAUUGAGGGUUCUCCUACCAAGUUCACGUACAAACAACUCCAAGAGGCCACCAAUAACUUUGAGGAGACGCUAGGCUCUGGUGGAUACGGAACCGUCUACAGAGGUGAAAUACCUGAAAAAGGUGGUAUUGUGGCAGUCAAGGUGAUCAAAGCUGUUACUCAUGCAGAGAAGCAGUUCAAGGCGGAAGUGAAUACUAUUGGAAAGGUACAUCACGUUAAUCUUGUACGUCUGCUUGGCUACUGUGUGGAGGGUGUUCACAGGCUCCUUGUCUACGAGUUCAUGCCAAAUGGUUCACUCGACAAUUAUCUAUCCAGUAAUUCAGGCUCCUCUGACUCGAGUUGGCAGACUCGGUUUUCUAUAGCACUUGGCAUAGCAAAAGGCAUUGCUUAUUUACACGAGGAAUGCCAGGAGUGUAUUAUACAUUGCGACAUCAAGCCACAAAACAUACUUCUGGAUGAUCAAAUGAGUCCAAAGAUUGCCGACUUUGGUCUAGCCAAGCUGACUAAAAGAGAGCACUCCAUGAGCGUGACGACUGUAAGGGGAACCCGGGGUUAUUUGGCACCCGAGUGGCUGGAUGGUCUGUCGGUCACCCCCAAGAUCGAUGUUUAUAGCUUUGGAAUGCUCCUUUUUGACAUCCUCAGUGGAACAAAUAAGAUGAUUUUCAACGAAUUGGCUGGAACAAGCUUCGAAAGCUUUCCCUCAGGAAUGGAGGACUAUUUUCAGAAGUACAUAGCCUCAGAGCUACAAUGUAUUGCAGAUCCAAAGAUGGAGAUGGCAGAGACUGAUUGGCCGCAGUUUAAGUUGUUGCUGAAGGUUGCAUUGUGGUGCAUCCAGCAAAACCCAAGUUCAAGGCCCUCUAUGAGCCGUAUAGUGCAGCUGCUGGAACACAAUGAUCCGGAGAACAAGAUAUUUGAUCAAGACUUAUAUCGUAGAACUGUCCCAAGAGUUCCCAGUGCCGUCGUAGAAAGUGAGAACGCCAUCACCACUCAUGUUGAACCGAGGGAAUUGAACAUUUUCUGCGCUUCCCUGGUUGACAAGAAGUGCAUCGUUGGUGAGGAUAAGAUUCGCAUCUUCAGUGACAAGAAGUGGCUGAUCGCUGCCGAGGGACUUGGCUGUCCAAACUAUCGUAUCGGGGUCAAACACAUACCAAAUCGCGAGGCUGAAGCGCUUACUGUCAGCGAUCGACUUGAAACCUACAGCAAAAAUGCGUCCCUCCGAAACCCAAGACUCUCCAACUUCAAUGCCUUGGCCGAGGUCAGUGCCUUAUCUUUGUUCUUCACUGGAACUAUGGCAAAAGCUCUUUCCCUAGUGCUGAUCGCUACACUCUCAUCCGUUCUAUCUUCCAGAGCAGUUCAACUGGGAGAAAAGCUCAGUGCCGGAAACCCACCAUGGAUUUCUCGUGGGAACACUUUCGCAUUCGGCUUCUACAGCACUACUAGUGGUAUGUCCACUCUCGCAAUUUGGUACCAAAGCACAGGAACUGUCGUCUGGGAAGCCACGCUAGACAAUGGCGCAAGCACGAAAGAGAGAGUAAGCGUAAGCAGAAAUGGAGUUCUCGAGCUCACCGCAACUGGUCUCGUCGUCACAGACGCUUCCAAGCCCGUGUGGACUUCAAAUCUGCGAUGCAACAAUCGUUGCUCUGUCACCGUAGCUUCUCUGGAGGAAAAUGGAAACCUUGUGCUGCUCGGCAAUGGAACAAGGCUCUGGCAGAGCUUCGACUCACCAACAGAUACAAUUCUUCCCGAGCAAGAUCUGGUUGGAAACAUGACGCUGGUCUCCGGAAAGUAUAGACUGAGCAUGAAUAAGAGCAGUGUUGGCCUCUACUUUGAUGGCUUUUCAGCGAAUGAAUCCUACUGGAGUGUUCUCAACAAGGAUCUUGACGUGACGAUGAAAAACUCCAUCCCCAGGCUCACCUUCAACAGGAAUGGAAGUCUCGAGUUUUUCGACGCAAAUGGAAGCUCUUGGUAUCGCUACAAGUAUGACAACGCGCAGCGGUACCCGAUAGACUACGGAAACAGCAGCGUCUUGCGGAGGCUCACGCUGGAAAAGAAUGGAACUUUGCGGAGCUACAGCACAUAUGGAGAGAGAUCUCUCUGGAGAGUUGUGUGGCAAUCGCUACUGCUCGAGUGCGAUGUGUUUGGGACGUGUGGAAAUUUCGGGCUUUGCAAGUACCAGCCCAGGAAGUCGUGCGUUUGCCCCCCAGGAUUUCAUACUGUACGUGAUAGGAGCAGUGGUCAGCUCGAUGGCGAUUUUCCGGGAUGCAGCUACAACUUUCCAUUGAACUGUAGCAACAGCAAGAUGGUGGAGCUAGCUCGAGCCGAUUUUCUUGGAAGUGGUUACAUCGUCGGUUUAAACUCCAGCAUGUCCUUGGAGCAGUGCAAGAAACUUUGCUUGGACGAUUGCCAGUGCGUUGGUGCUGCCUACACGCUUGACGGCUCGGGGCAAUGCCGGCUAAGGAAAGGUGGCAGCACUCCAUACAACAUUGUCCAGUCGCCACAAAAGGCAUCCAUCGCUCUCAUCAAACUCUCGGCCUCGGACACACGCGCACAAGCCGAUCCAAACGACAUGAAAAACCUCUUUGUCACGAGCAUGAAUGCCAGCGAUCUAUAUCAAGCGGACAGUCGCAAGUCUAGCGGCACCAAGUUCUUCACGGCUUCUCGAGCACUCGUGUUUGGUGUGGCGGUGGGGGAAUUUGUGAUCCUGUGCUGCGUUGUGAUAGCAACGUCGAUGUGUUGGCGAAGAUCUAACAAGAAAAUGUGGAACAAACAUGCUGGUGAUCACCAUGGGCCGACGAGAUUCUCAUACGAGCAACUGGAAAUUGCUACUGGGAACUUCCGUCACAAACUCGGCUCCGGUGGAUUUGGGAGUGUCUACAAGGGUGUCCUUCCGGACAAAACAGUGGUGGCUGUGAAGACUCUAGAGGUUGCCACUCACGGAGAAAACCAGUUCAAAGCCGAGGUUGCCACUCUUGGAACGAUUCAUCACGUCAACUUGGUUAAACUCUUGGGCUACUGUGUCGAGGGCAGCCACAGGGUUCUGGUUUACGAGUACAUGACCAAUGGAUCGCUGGACAAAGUGUUGACGUCGAUAAGAGCUCCUUGGAAAACCAGAUACUCCAUUGCUAUGGGCAUUGCAAGGGGCAUCACCUACUUGCAUGAGGAGUGCUACGAGUGCAUUCUCCACUGCGACAUCAAGCCACAAAACAUCCUCCUCGACCAAAACUUGUGCCCAAAGGUGGCGGACUUUGGCCUUGCAAAGCUGACCAAGAGGGAGAUGGCUCUCAACGUGACCACCAUCCGAGGAACUCGAGGAUACUUGGCGCCCGAGUGGAUCAGCAAUCGGCCCAUCACCACCAAAGUGGACGUCUACAGCUACGGAAUGGUGCUGCUCGAGCUUCUAAGCGGCCAUGACAAGUCAAGAUCCGGCCAGAACACUUCUUUCUCCGUGUGGGCUUUCCAGAAGUACAUGGCGGGAGAGUUUGAGAGCAUUGUGGAUCCAAAGCUUGUCACGAGUGUCGAGUGGAGCCAGUUUGAGAGGAUGCUCAAGACUGCGUUCUGGUGCAUCCAGCUCGAUGCGAAUUUGAGGCCCAGCAUGAGCCGGGUUAUCCAGAUGCUCGAGGACAACAGCUCCGAGGUUGCGGUUCCACCAUUUCCAACACCACUUGAUCACGAAGCUGGAACUGGUAACUCGAGCUCCAUUCCUCUCGAGACACAGUCGUUUCUGGAAGCACGCUAAGCUAAGCUAGCUAAAUUUAUAUUAUAAAACUACAAAACGAAAUAGGAAUGCUUAGAGAUUCCAGAUGCCAGAAAGUUGAUAAAGUAGCAUUUUGUCACUGUUAAAUUUCAUGCUCAUGCUCUGCUUACAUGCAUCAAAAUAAAUAUUGCGAUUCAUCGACAUCACAGAGCCCGAUAUUCAUAUCUUGGAAAAGUUGGCCGCCGUAAAAACCAUGCAAGGAUUUAAUUUUCUCGAUCUUUGGCUCGCGUCGAAAGUUACCGUUGAAAGAAUUCGCUGAUGAUUACUUUAACCCGUAACGCUAGCCCGGAAUAUCCCCACCAAAAGAUCCAGUCGCGUUGCCUCUCGACAUUCCGCCACGAAAUGCCGACCCGGCUUACGAUGUAACAGUACCACUAGUUACGGUAAGACAGAAGACGCGAGUUCCCUACGGUGGCACUAUCUUCCUCUUUAGAUUUGUUUUUGUUUCUUCUGCCGCAAGGAAGAAAGGAAGAGACGAGCAAAGCUGCGAGCAGCGGUCGAGCGAUCGAUCGAGCGAUUGAGUGGUUUCAUCACGGAGAAGAUCAAAAUGGUCCUUCCUUGGAACCAGGCUUCCGGCCAUUGUGGGGGGCUCCUACGCUUACAUUCUCCCCAUAUUCAGCAUCAUCAACUCUCCCAAGCUGCGAGCCAUCACAGACGAUCGCGAGAGGUUUCUUCACUCGAUGAAAGCUAUCCAGGGAGCUCUCAUCUGUGCCUCCAUUCUCCAGAUAGUCCUUGGCUUCAGUGCACUCUGGGGUAUUUUUUCAAGGUGUAGUUUAAGACUCGAUCGUUUCUUUUUGUUUGACGAUAUAGUCGUGAGCCA